AAAGCUAUUAAAUUUAUAGCAAUUAAGUAAAAAGUUGCAAAAGUGUGCAAAAUGUUAAAUGAGCUAACUGUUGCGUGUACGCAGCAGCAGAAUACGAUGCAGAUUAAGCACUGAGUAUACAUUUUGUAGCCGCAGCAACGAGCAAGCAAGCAACAACAACAACAACAACAAUAACAAAGCCAAUAACAUAAGGCAGCCCUGCAGCGACAACACACAAAAACAAAGAGUCUAUAAAAUUAGUCAAUUUGCAUAUACAUUAAUAACAUACUGAGACAGCAAAUUAGGUAAUAUUUACACAUAUACACACGCACGCACAAAAGAAAAUGAGUAAGCUGGAAACGGAUUCGGAUAGCUCAGAGGAAUUUUUUGAUGCCGAAGACACAACACCCAAUCGCAACUCAACACUAAGUCGGAAAUUACAAAAGGAGUGUGUGCAGGACUUUAUCUUUCCGGAGCCAGCAGUGCGUGUUAAUGCGGCCGCCUCAUCGGACAGCGAUGCAACGCCCAUUGGCGCUGGUACGCCAGCAACGCGCAGUCCCACCAAUAGUCUGGGUGCACGCCUCAAGCAGCAGGAGGCGGCUGCAGCCGCCGUUUUCGUAGAGCCUAAGCCGGUGCAGGGCGUGUCUGGUAGACAACGCUUUCAUGAACUACGUCAAUGCAUGCAAAAUGAUGAAGAUGAUAAUCCAGGAAAUACGCUCACACCUGAUUCUCAGAACAGCUCAACGGACGGCGUUUUUACCAGUCGACAUACGCAUCCGUUUAAGGUGAUUGAGACCGAUACUAUGAGCAUACAAAGUAUGACAUCAUUGGGUCGCGUGGGACGCAUCUUGGCUGGCAGCAUUGAUCCAUCGGCAAUUAGCAUUGAUCGUGAGUCGUUAGCCUCAAUGAAUGCGCAGCAACAACAACAACAACAACAACAGCAGCAGCAACAGCAACAACUGCAACAGCAACGUCAGACACCUCCGCCAACAAGCCAUACAGUCGCCAUGUCCACAUUCACAACAACAACAACAACAGUUGCAGCAACAGCGAAUGCCACGGCUGCCACUGCAGUUCCUGCAAGUGCAAACAAUGCCAGCUCCGGUGGCAUUAUGCUGCAAGAGCCAGAUGUGAUAGCAAGCACCAAGCUGGCACAUUCCAAAACAACAGAUUCAAUUACGCCCAGCGGUCCCAAAGCGCCGCCGCGACGCAAAAAGAAUUCGCGUAAGUUCUCGAGCAGCUCUUCAGAGCAGUUUAACAUGAAUGAGGGCAUGCGCCUGCCGCCAGGCGACACGGAGGACACAGACAGCGACACGCGGUCCGUAAAGAGUGUUCGUGAUGUGCAACAAAAGCUUCGUGAUGACAUAGUCAAGGAGUUUGAAAGUUCGCUAAAUGAUGUGAGUUCAACUGCAUCCAGCAACACAUUGGCUUGCUCCUCCUAUAGCACAAUAGUAUCUGCCUCCACUUCAACGUUAACAACCACGCCCUCAUCGCUGUCGCAGUUAGCGUCUACGAGUCAUGCCUGCCAUGUGCGUCCUGUAUCAACGGCGGCAGUACUGGCCAAGCCAACGCAUUCGCUGGGUAACAGCGUUAACUCAGUCUACUCCAAGACUAGUCCCUCAAACUCGGCAAAGAGCAACUCAGCGCCUGGUAGAGUUAGUUCGAUUGAUCCCAAUCAGGGUCUUAAUCUGUUCAAGGCUAUACAAGGCGGCUAUGUGGUAAAGCCGCGUGACGAGGCAAGCAACAAGGCGCAGGGACCAUCACAGGACGAAAUCGAGCGUAUUGAGAAAAUGCUCAUGGAAAGCGCCAGUCGUCCCAAAUUGGCGGGCAGCGGUUCCAAUAGCUUAGGCAGUGCCACGCGCUAUCCAGCCCUAUAUCGUGGCUCUAAUGACAAAGAGCGUCGCAAGUCGGCUGGCGAUGAGGAUUUGCUGCGUCAGAUGAAUAUUUAUGUGCGAACACGCACCAACUCUGGCAAGCAGUUGACUGACUUUGAGAUACUUGAACAAGUUCCUGUUAAGAAUUUGGAUACGGGCGAGAAUAUGCCGUUAUCUGAAAUGCGUUCACCGCCAGUGCCUGAGGGCUGGAAUCCGCUCUCUUUGCAUAUUUUAAAAUUAACUUCACAUCUGGAGGUAACACAAAAGGAAUCCGAUGAGGAGAGUGUUAUAGGCAUACCGCCCAGUAUUGAUGGACAGCAGCCCGACGAUGAGGAGCUAGAAACUGAAGAUGGUAGUCGAUUAAAAAAGAAAACGGCGCGCAUUAAACGCUUCUUUGGCAGCACAAUGCGCAAGACGGUGGACAAAGCCAAGUCUAUAGCAUCAGAGGUAUCGCAUGCGCGUCACAAAGAGGAUGUGGCAGAUAUAGUGGAUGCCAUGAAUCCAGAGCAGAAUAUUAAAAUCAAAGCAUCGUCUUCUAACAAGGGCCCUUAUGAGUUCACCAAACUGCAGCAUGUCCAGGAUUUGAGUGGAGAGGACAACAGCGCUGUGUGGUGCAUGAAGUUCAGCUCCUGUGGUCGUCUGCUUGCCACCGCGGGUCAGGAUAAAGUGCUGCGCAUUUGGGUGCUUAAAGAUGCGUAUCCCUACUUCCAGGACAUGCGCAACAAAUACAAUGCUGAUCAAAAGUCCUCGCCUACGCCUUCACAGGAAUCGCUGGUCUCGCAGCAGUCAGCCGAGGAGGCCAUUGCCAUGGCUACGGCCGCUGAAAAAUGUACGGGUCCGUUUAUGCCCAAACCCUUUUGCACAUACAAUGGUCACACUUCAGAUCUGCUCGACGUAAGCUGGUCCAAGAACUACUUCAUACUAUCCAGCAGCAUGGAUAAAACCGUGCGUUUAUGGCAUAUUUCUCGAAAGGAAUGUCUCUGCUGCUUUCAACAUAUUGAUUUUGUUACUGCAAUUGCAUUUCAUCCGCGUGAUGAUCGCUAUUUUCUGAGCGGCAGUCUCGACGGCAAACUCCGUCUCUGGAACAUACCCGACAAGAAAGUGGCGCUUUGGAAUGAAGUUGAUGGUCAAACAAAACUCAUCACAGCUGCAAAUUUCUGUCAAAAUGGUCAAUUCGCUGUAGUGGGCAGUUACGAUGGCCGUUGUAUAUUUUACAACACAGAUCAGUUAAAGUACCAUACGCAGAUACACGUGCGUUCUACGCGCGGUAAGAAUCGGAUUGGACGUAAGAUUAGUGGCAUUGAGCCCAUGCCUGGCGAGGAUAAAAUUCUUGUAACCUCCAAUGAUAGUCGUGUGCGUCUGUACGAUCUGCGCGAUCUAAACUUGUCUUGUAAAUACAAGGGCUAUUUGAAUGUAUCCUCGCAGAUUAAAGGCUCUUUUAGUCAUGAUGGCAAGUAUAUUAUAUCGGGAUCUGAGAAUCAGUGCAUCUAUAUAUGGAAAACCAAUCAUGAUUACUCCAAACUAAGUUCGGUACGUCGCGAUCGCAGCGAUUUUUGGGAGGGCAUAAAAGCGCAUAAUGCCACCGUUACCUGUGCCAUAUUUGCGCCGCAUCCAGAGGCCAUAAUCAAGCCUGAUCCGGAUGAAAUUGAUAAACUGCCCAACAAUCAACCGGAUCCAUUGGUAGAGCAGCAUAAGAAGGGCUGCGGCUAUGUGUUGGUCAGCGCCGACUUUAAUGGCGCCAUCAAAGUGUUCAUCAACAAGACAAAGCCCAAACAUAGCAGCUUGCCUUAUACAGCAAUUGCGGAUUAGUCAAUUGAGCUUGGAGCUUGACAGAAUAAUUAAUUGCAUUCUAAAUGCAAUUUCCAUAAAAGCGAUUAAAUAACUUUUUAAUUUUUAGUAAUCUAUUUAUGACAAUUGUGUGUAUUUUGUAUAAUGGUUAACUGAUAGCAUUCUCUUUGCUUACUUAUAUGUACGUAUUAAAUGCCUAAUUGCUAUAGUUUACCAUAAUUGUGUACAAAAUGUUAUUAAUGUUUAAUGCAAACGCAGUGCAGUGUGUGUAUGAAAUCUUAUGCGAAUUAUUGUUUAUUUUUUUGUCUAAUGUUAAUUAUUUUCUAAUACCAAUACUGUGCAAGUGUAAGUCAGUGUGUGUGUGGCUUUGAAACUUUAUUGUAUGUUAUAUUUAAAAUUCAA